AUGCUGAAGUCUUCAGCUACUAUCUCGGGUUUUUGUUUAGCAAUGGAGUCUUUCUCUGCUGAGACCAAUUCAACUGACCUACCAUCACAGCCCUGGGAUGAACCCCAAGUAAUUCUCUCCAUGGUCAUUCUCAGUUUCACUUUCCUACUGGGAUUGCCAGGCAACGGGCUGGUGCUGUGGGUGGCUGGCCUAAAGAUGCAACGAAGUGUGAGCACAGUUUGGUUUCUCCAUCUCACCUUGGCUGACUUUCUCUGCUGCCUCUCCCUGCCCUUCUCUCUGGUUCACUUGGCUCUCCAAGGACGCUGGCCCUACGGCUCAUUCCUAUGCAAGCUCAUCCCCUCCACCAUUGUCCUCAACAUGUUUGCCAGCGUCUUCCUGCUGACCGCCAUUAGCCUGGACCGCUGUCUUUUGGUACUCAAGCCAAUCUGGUGCCAGAAUCAUCGCAACGUGGGGACAGCCUUCACUAUCUGUGGAUGUAUCUGGGUGGUGGCUUUUGUAAUGUGCAUACCUGUGUUCAUAUACCGGGAAACAUUCACUAUAGACAACCAUAGUAUGUGUGGCUACAAUUUUGGUCUCUACAGAUCAUUAGAUUAUUCAGACUUCAACUUUGAUCUACUGGAAAAUGGGUCUCUUGACAACUCCAUUGUUGAGCUGCCUGAAGAAAUGGAUGAUAGGUUAGAUUCUUUCUCUCAACAAACAAAUGAUUGUCCCUGGGCAGCCACCACUGGCCUCUGUUCUCAAAUAUUUCAAAGAACUUCUGGACAUUCACUCCCUACGGAUUCAGCUAGAUUAUCUGUUCAACAUCCAUAUUAUAAUGUAUCUCAACCAGCUGAUGAGUUCUCAUCUACAAUCCCCAGUGAUUUUCCUAUUGAAGAUCACAGAACUAACCCACUGGAGAACUCUGAUGCUUUUCUNCCUGCUGAUUUAGACCUUUUCUCUAGUGCCUCCGGCAACUCCUCAUACACAUUGGAGCUAUUGGAAGAUUUCCAGGAUGAUGAUUUAGGCCAAUUUGCAUACGGCCAUCAAGUGCCAACACCCCAGGUAGCAAUAACUAUCACUAGGCUAGUGCUGGGUUUCCUGUUACCCUUUAUCCUCAUGGUGGCCUGUUACAGCCUCAUUAUCUUCCGAAUGCACUGGAGCCGCUUCACCAAGUCUCGGAGCAAAACCUUGAGAGUGGCUAUGGUGGUGGUGGCUGUCUUCCUCGUCUGCUGGGCUCCGUACCACAUUGUUGGAACCCUCUUACUGUUUAUUGACCCAGAAACUCCCUUUGGGGAAGCUCUGUUGUCCUGGGACCAUGUGUCUCUUGCUUUAGCAUCUGCCAAUAGUUGCUUCAAUCCCUUCCUCUAUGCCCUUCUGGGGAAAGAUUUUAGGAAAAAAGCAAGACAGUCCAUGCAGGGAAUUCUGGAGGCAGCUUUCAGUGAGGACUUGAUGCACUCUACCAGCUGCCCCCCAAACAAAGUCUCUUUGGAAAAACACAGUAUCAGUACAGUUGUGUGA